AUGGCCAGCUUCAAAGUUGUUGUGUUCGCUUGCUUCUUGGGCAUCGCCCUUGCACAGGGCCCAUCAGCCGUCGACGUUGCCCAGGACGUCUACAACAGCUGCUUGAAGGGUUUCUCAGUGGGCUGUGUUAAACCGAAGGCAUUAGCCUGGAUGAGCGCCGUCGCCGACGACCAAGUGAUCAGGAUCACCGACGAUCUCCUCAUCGUCAGGAAGAACAACCCAGAAUACACCCAGGAACAACGUGGAUCCGCUGACGUUUUCGACAAAUUCGAGGAUUUCAUCCAGAACCACGAGUUGGUUGCUAAAGUACCAGAAGUGUUGCGCGCCGAUGGUCCAUUAGGAAGCUUGGUCCCAAGGUCAUUCCAACCUGAAGAUUUAUCAGUCCCAUUGGCCUCCACUGGUCGCUCCAAGGUUGUCAAGAAGGUCAUCGUCCCAUUCUUGCUCGGUUUGAAGUUCAAAACCGCCGUCUUGGUUCCUCUCGCUUUGGCUCUGAUCGCCCUCAAGACAUGGAAGGCUCUUACCUUGGGUCUCCUCUCCAUGGUCCUCACCGCCGCCAUGGUCAUCUUCAAGUUCACCAAGCCAAAGGUUGUCAACUACGAAGUCAUCCACUACCCACACCACGUUGACCACCACUUCGACCAUCACGUCGAUCACCACGUCGACCAUCCAGCUGUGACCACCGGAUGGGAUCACGCCAGCUACGGUAGAGCCAUGUCCGCUCAAGAGAUCGCCUACAAAGCCCAACUGAACCAAUAA